AUUAAAUAAUGUUUCAUUCCUAUUUCCCAUUCCAGAUUAACGAGUUCAACCAUAAACUGCUUUGGAAAAUGUUGAACGACAAAACCGGUCGUUAUUCUGACAAUGAAAAACUGAACUUUCACUUCACUGCUUACAAGGCUGUCAAGUUCACUGCAUGUGGAUUUUUCAACAUGGAUUACUCCCUUAUUUCUUCUAUGAUUUCAGUAUGUACAACCUACUUGGUCAUAGUGUUACAAUAUGGGAAAGGAUCAGCCGGCUAA